AUGGGCAGCAAGGAGGAACUCCAGCACUGCACCCACUGGGCAGUUAACUGGAUCCAGCCGGUGUUCACCACACCAAAAGUCACGAAAACCUCAGAGGAAUACAUGAGAGCUUUUUCGAUAAAGGGACUGAAUCAAUUCAGACCCUCAACCUUAGCCCCAUUAACAGUGUACAGGAAAGAUCAGGCCAGUGGACAAAAGAAGGCAGGAAUCAGAACUGCAAAAUCGAAAUUAAUUGCUACUGGAGAUCUUAUACAAGGAGCAGUACAACGUAAGCACAAUGAAACCCAUGUCCACGUUCAGUUUGAUCCUGAGGGAUGGUCUCUGUCCUGGGACUCCAUUACAGACGAACCCCUUCCGACGCUGGACUCUGAUCCGGCAUGCUCGACCGACCCGCUGCGUGUUUCUUUUGCCUUCGGAGUAUCACUAGCCUUGGCCCGUGUCUGCCUCGGCAAGGUUCACCUCAACCCAGUGGUUACCCUGGCAUUGGUCGCAGGCUUAAGGGUGAGUCCCUGGCGGGCUGUCCUUUUGGUGGGAGCCCAGUUGCUUGGUGCCCUCAGUGCCUGUGCUUUGCUGUUAGGCAUUACACCAAUUGCCCUAAGGAGCAACAUGGGUGUUACUGAGGUGGCCCCGGGGGUAUAUCUGUAUCAGGCUGUGUUAGUGGAGAUGGCUGUUACAUUCCAGCUAGUGCUGUGUGUCCAGGCUGCCACUCAUCCCAAAUCAGGCUUUUCCUCUGUGGCCCCCGCAGUCAUUGGCCUGUCGGUCAUCCUUGGUCACCUCAUGGCGAUCGGCUUCACGGGUUGUGGAAUGAAUCCUGCAAGGUCAUUUGGUCCAGCUGUGCUGACAAUGAACUUCCACAAUCAUUGGGUGUAUUGGCUGGGGCCUUGUACUGGUUCUCUCCUUGCCUGGUUAUUGCAUGAUCUGGUGCUCCAUCCUCGUUGGAGCUGCCUUGGCGACUGGGUGACAGAAUGUAUGGAGGUGCUCUGGAGAGAUCUUUCAAAGCAGCCCAGAGGUCCUGAAAACAAUAUAGAAGGGAACAAUAUGGAAUUGUCAUGAA